AUGCGUACCCAAGCAAGUGAGGAUCUUGGGGCCAUUUUGGGUCAGUCGCAAAGUCUGGCGACAAUAUUUUUGCGAGGUAUGAAACGCUACCGUCACUUUCACAAACUUUUGCCAAUGCAGCUACAACGAGAAGGGACGCUUUUAGCGCUAUCGAAUGCUGCUGUCGCAGCACAAACCGCUGCUACUGGUAGAAAUCGAGGCACAAUUCACCGAGCUGACGGACUUCGCAAACAAUAUUUGAGUAAUAUUCUGGCACCGAUGUUUGAAAAUACGGAUCGAAGCUGGUCUUGCAUGGUGGAUCUGAGUGAGAAUGAUUUAAGUGGUGGUCGAGCUGAGGUUCUGGCUCAACUUCUGGAUGAUUCGUCAUGGUCCGCUCGAGUAUCUUUACGACUCGACCAUACUCGUCUUCACGAUAAAUCGGCGUUACUUCUGCUGCAUUCAAUUCGAGGAUGUAAGACUCUGGAAUCACUUAGUCUCGAAGGUAAUGGCUUUGUAGAUCGCCAAUCCCAUCGAAAACGCCAAAGACGAACUGAAAAGUGUUAUCGUGAUGGUGUGAUGCCAUCUGAACCCAAUAUUAUGGAAAAGGCAGGUGCCAAUGCAUUGACUCUCUUGCUAGGCGGAACUUUAGAUUGCGACAAUAAUCAGCUCGAAAGCUGGUUGGGUACGAAAGAUACUGAGUCGGCGUUUGCAGCAUUUUCGGUUUAUUCAUCGAGUUUAAAGCCUUUGCGCUUGAAGGAGCUUUGUUUGAAAAGCGAAGGUCCUUUCAUUUUUGGUACACACAUCAUCACGGCAGCAAUCCAAGCUUUAGACAAGCCCCAUGCAUAUUUGCAAAUGCUGGAUGUUUCUGGGAACGAGUGCGGCAAUGCAUUAGCCGAGGUCUUGAGGGAUGUUUUGCCAAAGAAUAAGAGUCUGCAGACGUUGUUUUGGGAUGAAAAUAAUAUCACUGUCGAUGGUUAUUGCCAGUUCUACGACGGGUUAUUACGGAAUCAUACUCUGGUGAUGGUACAAAUGCCGAUUCAAGAUACUCGUCGGAUCCUGGAAGAGCAGAAAAACCCACCACGCGAAAAACUAUUCAGCAUUUUAGGCAAAAUUUUUGAAAUCACUGAACGAAAUCAGAUUUGGCAGAGGAAGACUGAUGAGUUGAAAGCUGAAGCACGUUUCCCUGGACAAUGUUUGAAAAUAGAACCGAAUACUCUGGUACACCCAAUUCCAGGACAAACUCUGAAGCUUAGCAAUAACUGCAGUGAAGCAGCUACAACGAGGACUGAGAGUUUCAUUCAUCAAGAAAUCAAACUUGAACUCGAGUCAACUGGAUUGAAAUUGCAGCAGUGUCCUUCACCUAGGCUGGCAGAAGUUGAGAGUGAAAAAACCCAGAGCUUUGACAAUCACACCCGCAAGAGUUACUCCAGAUCGAAAGGUGCAAGGUAUCCGUCGACAAUGCAAUCCUGGAGCAUGCAAAGCAGCACAGAAGAUUUUCGUACGCAGCUUAAGAAACUGGACUCAUUAACCGCUUCAACUUCGAUGUCAUCAUCCAAUAUUUAA